AAAAUAUGAAUAGAAUACAUGCAGUGGUUAUAAAAUUAAAUGUUUUGUGGGUAUGUGUCGAAAAGUUCUACUCUAAACCAAUCGAAAACAAAAGCUUUUAUUUAAUUUAAUUAAUUUUUUUACUUCCGAGCCCUGUGGUUUGUUGCCUGGCAACGUAGCACGCUGCAAACAGUAGCUCUUGGAAACAAACAGAGCAGAGGUGUUCCUGGCUUCAGCAGGGAAACUGUGUUUCCCAAAGACAGACCUAUACAAAUAUAUAUAUUCUGUUUACCUUCUAAAAAAACGUACAUAUUUUUUAUAAUGGAAGACGAUGUGUCGGGUGUAAGGAUUUCCCCACCUUUUUUGAAGUUUUUGGACGUCAAAGCAGGCAAAAGUUACAAAGCAAUAGUGUGUGUAAAAAAUAAUGGCAAGACCAGCAAAAGGAUACAAAUAAAGGGGGCCGUGUCAAAGAACUUCAAGUUGACUGUAGUGAAUCCAGAUAAACCCAUUGCUCCUGGACUACAAGUGUUUGCAACUGUGGAAUAUCUGCCAGAAAAUGAUGAGAAUUUCAGAGACAGAUUAAUCCUCUUAGCUGAUGAAGCCAUAAUGGAGAUCCCUCUUUUAGUGUUUUCUUCAUCCUGUUAUCUUGACAUUGAAUCAGAAGUUGAUUUUGGAAAGGUGGUGGCAAACAGUACGGUCCUCAGUAAGGAAAUAGGAAUUGUUAACCAUGGAUCUGCUCCAGGUGCUUUCAAAAUAAAGUACCAAGGCAAUUUGCCUAUCACCAUUGUUCCCACCAGCGGAAUAGUGGAGCCAAAGACAAUGCAGCUAAUUAAAGUUGAGCUGUGUACUGACAGAUCAAGGACCAUCAACGAAAUAGCAAUAGUGAAACUACAAGACUCUGUGGAUGCAACUUUAAACAUAAAAGCAGAAGUUGUAGAGCAAGUUCUUGAACUUUUAGACACAUCAAAUCAGAAGCUGGAAUGUGUGCGUUUUGGGCCUGCCUACUUUGGAACAUCCAAAGUAGAACAGGGUAUUCUAUACAACAACAGUCCUGUACCCAUCAACUGGGUGGCUGUGCUUCAGGAUGAUGCCAUUGGAGCAGAAGUGGGUACAGACUUGGAAAUGACCACUGAUGCAGCAUUAUUGGAAAUGGGACUGAGAAACCGAGUGAAAGAUGAUAUUUCAGAAUUGGUAUCAUGUCUUCCUAGUGAGGGAACACUUGGGCCAUAUGAAAAGGCAGCUGUCUCCCUUUGCUUCAGUCCAUUAUACAACAGCAAUGUUGGCGAGCCUGCAAAACAGGAUUAUGCUCUUUUCAUGAAAUUUGAAAUUGUUGGCAGUAAAAACAGCUUCAUUCAGGAUCAAAAUAAUAAAAACCUUCUCACUAAAGAUAAAAAACAAAACUGUGUUGAGUUAGCACUAACAGGCACAGGUCUUCCAGUUGAUUUAACAAUCAAUCCAGGACCACGCUUCAGUUUUAAGGAAUGCAACAUGGGGGAAUGUGUCGACAUCCUUUGUGAGCUGCAAAACAACUCUCUAUUGCUUCCUGUGGUCUUCGGUUUCCGCAAAACUGCAAAUUUUAACAUGUCUCCUUCUAAAGGAAAAAUAAAUCCUGGGCAGCAACAGGAUGUCAUGCUGUCUUUUGCUCCACAUCAAGUUGGUUCUUUUAAAGUAAACCAGCUUAUAGAUGUGUUUGGCCAGGAAGCAGUGCAGGACAGUUGUUCAGUUCAGCUGAAGGCAAGCCCUUUCCAUCAGAUUACUCUCUGCUUUACUGGUGUGUGCAAAACCAUAACCAAAAAUAUCGAACCCAAGUUUAAUCCUGGUAUAACACCAUCAAUUUCCAAUGAAACAGGACAGUUUGUUGAGGUGAAAACUUACAAUUUGAGGAAAUACAGUAGCUCAGCCCGCAUGGCAGUACUGAGCGCUGCUAAAACAGGAAUCCACACCCAUAAGAGAAGCAGGAGCCUUGACAAAAACGCACUGGUGGCAUUUCCCAAUGACCGCUAUGCCAGCAUAAGACCUACCUUGAGAAAUGAACAGUACAGAACUAUUUUUACAAAGGCUGAGAGAUACAAUUAUGUGGACCCUGAUUUCGCCUAUACAGAAGAAGAAGAAAAGCAGAUAAAAGCACAUAAAGAUUAUUACUUUCAAUUCAUUCAAAGUUUAAGAAAACAGCGUAUUCAGAAGGAGAAAGAGAGAGAUUUGGCGGAUGUCAAAGAUAAAGUAGACAUUGGUAUCAAACCAGCAGCAGGGUUGCAUCCACAAAGGCUUUCAGUCAGUGACAUUGAGGUAGAGCAAAAUGAGGAAAAGCCUUUACAAAGGAAAAGUCAACUCCUUACCACACGUGCAUUGGCAGAAAUAGAAACCAGAUCGACAACCAGACCAGUAACAGAUGGGCUUAAUGUUGUGCCAUCUACACCUGAAGAAAAAGAAGACUGUAACAUAACCUUGACGGCACAGCAACUUCACCAAGUUAUCAUUGGACCUUCUGCUGUGAACUUUGGUGAAGUUUGUGUGCAUUCUGUCUCUACGAGACAUCUGAACAUUGUUAAUAACUUACCAGUGCAUAUUUGGAUGCAGAUUGACAUUGCUUGCCAGGAGCUGCAGCAGACUAGCCCUUUGUCACAUGUUGUACCACCUAUGUCCAGAGCUUUCGUAGCCCUCUUGUUUGAGACAAACGCAUUGGGCAAAUUCCAAAAGUCGAUCACUUACUCUAUAAACAAGAAGCACAGUGGGCAUGUUCUAGUACUUGGGACAGUGGUCCCAGUUGCUUUGGAGCUGUGCACCCAAGAACUGGUUCUGACCCCCACCUUUAGUUCCUUGACUGAGUCUGGAUUUAGAUCAACGGUCGCACUGCGCAAUCCUAGAAACCACCCUGCUGAGUUCACCUGGAAACCCAUCAUCACAGAAAGAGGCAUAGCUUUCUCCAUCCGACCUGCUACAGGAACUGUGGAGGCCCACAAAGAACUGGAGUGUGAAGUGGUGUGGCACCCAUCCUUCUAUGCUCCAGAGGAAGGGGAAUUUGAUCUGUGUGUCCAUCAGGGAAACACAGCCAGGCUCAAAUGCACUGCUAAGCUUGGCCCUACACAUGUUCAGUUUGCUGAACAGCAUAUAGUAUUUGGUGCCGUUGCUGUGAAUUUUACAACCGUAAAGACAGCCAUUCUUCGAAACACAGGACAAAACCAUGCAUACUUUCAGGUGUUUGAUGUUUACCCUCUCCCUGGAAUGACUGUCAUACCUGCUGAGGGUGUAGUGCCAGUGGGAGGGUACACUGAACUCCAGAUACUCUUCAGUCCAAAUGCAGCUAUGAAAUUUGAUACUAGAGUAGAGGUUGCAAUUCGGAAUACGAAAACUUUGGAGCUGCGGAUUGGUGGAUCUGUGGAAGUGCCUCAAGUUGACAUGAGUGUGAAAUGCUUUAAAUUCUAUGGCGUAUAUACUGGCUCUACCCAAGCGAUUUCAUUCACUCUUCAGAACAAAGCUGCAGUACAGGCUAGAGUGGAGUUUGAUUUGUCAGACUACAAAGACUUUUCUCUACAGUUUCAAAAACAUUCAGCAAUCAAUCUGGACCACGAAGACUCCCAUGUAUAUUCUGUGGAUAUGGAUAGGAGAGAAGUUCUGGAAUGCUUUUUAUUAUUUACUCCAACAGAGGUGGCAGCAUAUGACUUCUGUCUCCCUGUCAGGAUUAACAACACAAGAGCUCCAUCUCCACCUCCCAGUUCUAUACCAAAAACGCCUUCUGUAUCUGAGAAGCACAUUGUGACUCCUCGACCACAGAUAGUGACUGUGGAUACUCCAUCACGCAGAGUGCAGGCAACUGCUCUGAGACCCCCACUUGAAAUAUCUAAGUCAAAACUGGAAUUCAUACAUUCAGAACUGCGUAACCUGGGUGUUUUGACUGAAAACCUAAAUACCCAUCAGACACUGGAACUGAAAAAUACUUCUCAGCGAGAAAUUAUGUGGACGUUAGACCUGAGCAAAUUGAAUAAGGUAACGGAGGAAAGUGUCUUUAAAGUCUGUCAGCAAUCUGGGACCCUAGAGCCCGGCCAAACCUUCCUCGUCAGUAUCUGCUUUUGUCCAGCCCGCCCAGGAAGCUACAGUGCAGAAGUCCCUCUGUUUCUGAAUGAGGACCACAUCCAUCCCUACAGACACAUCUCCCUUUCCGGCAUUGCUAAAGCACCUAAAGUUACAUUUGAUCCCCCAUAUGUGGUUUUAACCCCUGUGCCACUGGACACUGAGGCUGGAGCUACAAUCAGUAUUAUUCCCCAGGACUACAUAAGGAAUUCCUUAAUUCAAGCGGAAAUUCCAGAAAUAGAGCUAGAUGAUGGAAGCAAGUUUCAGCCUUUCUCGCUGCAGUUUCCAAGUGGCCAGACAAUUUCAAUCUUGCCUGAAGGACAGAAUAAACCUCUAACUUGUUCAAUCAGCUUUAAGUUCUCUAGACCAGUCGCCUUGUCUUUUGAUAUCAUCUUCACUGAUGAGGAAAACAACAGGUUCCUGCUUCCAGUUGCUGCAACAGCAGACAAUUGCAUUUUAACAGCUUACCCUUACCUGGCUCUUCAUCGCUCAGACCAGCAGAUUGUCCUGAAAAGUGGACAGCUAAAUGGUGCCAAUGGCAAACCCCAGAGCACCGGAGAAGCUAUUCUACAUCCAUGUUACACCCCAGGAACCCUCUCUUCUAGUACUUCCUCCAGUUCAACAUUUAUAGUCACAAGCUCCACCUGUGAGGAAUCAUUUUCAGAUACACUAGAAGAAAAUCUAUCUGGAAAAGGAAGAAAUAAAACAGAUGAGACUGACCCACAAGGCAGGAAAAACACACUCGGAUUUCCAACCUUUCCUGCAGAGGACUCAGAGGAAGGACACUUCUACCAUGGGAUUUUAAAGGCUGUACAAAAAUGGUUUAGUCUCUACGGCUGGCCUAAAGGUUCUCACCCCAUUUCUGUUCCGCAGUCAUUGAGAAGUGCUGUAUGUAAAGUUCAGACAUCAAAUUCACCACAUAGAAAGGCUUCCUAUCAAGUCAGCCACAGAAAGGACACAAAAACCGUUUAUGACAUGCUGUUCCACCUGAGUGGCCAGAUGUUACCAGGAAUCACUGCAAGCCAGUCUUUGCCCUGUGACCUCAAUGAGCGUGUUCUACAGCUUCAUUGGCAACAUUCCACCCUGCUUACCUUUCUAAAGGCACAAGGGUCCAGUCUCGCUUACAUAAGGCCAGAGUUCCUGCUUGCACCUGAGGAUUUUAGACACUGGAUUGGCCUGCAGGUAACAGAUUUUGGGGCUCAGUUAGGUCAGCUGCAGAAAGAUGAAGCAAAGGGCACAGACAAGCCUCAGGAUAUCAGUCUGGCUGGACUGGAUGCCAUUUCAUUUGAGUCUUUGAGCAAACGUGCAUGGACAGAUGUGUUGCUACAGAUUUACAAAGUGUUGGUACUUUCUCGUGUUUCAACAAAUAACCCCAGCAAUCUGUUUGUAUCAGAAAAUGUGGAACACAUUCCAAAAAUUAAUCCUGACCCUCUAUCCAGCAAUAUUUACUCAACAUCUGAGCGAAAGCUUCUCACCUGGCUGAACUUCAAUUAUGAAAAAAUGAGAAGCAUAGUGUGGAGAGACUGCAGCACCCAAGGUGACAUACCUCCAGGACGCUGGAUAAUAAACUUUGACCUAGACCUUUUGGAUGGCCUGGUACUAGCAGCGGUUUUGGCAGCAUACUGCCCAUUUCUGAUUUCAACUCAUUUUUUGAACAUGUACACCAAUCCCACCAGUCUAGAGCAGUGCUUACACAACAGUCUGGUGCUGGUAAAUGCAUUCCGAGCCAUCGGCCUUGAUAUUGAUAUUCAGGCUACAGACAUUUCUGAUCCUAACGCUGUCAUGCUGCUUAUGCUGUGUGUUUACCUGUAUGAAAGGCUACCCCAGUAUCUUCCAAGGAAAACAGUUGAUUUUGUUGGGAGCUUGCAUGCUGUAACUGUGAGACAGGUUCGUCUUAAAAAUUCAAGUUCAAAACCUUUAGUUUACUAUGCCACAAUAGUAGGAAAAGAGUCUGCAGAUUUCUCAUUGCCAAAGGGGAAUACUGUGACUGUUCUGCCAAAGGGGCAGACCAAUGUAACUGUGGAACUUGCCAGUCGUUUUCUACACCCAGUGGAGGCUGUGUUAUUGCUUACAUCCAGAGCGACAUGUGGGGCAAUUGGAGCAACCAUGGCAUUUUCCCUCAGGUCACAAAUCAACCAUAUCAUCCCAAGUGGCACCUUCAAGUGCAAAUCUCCGUGUUAUGAGUUGAAAAAGUUUAACUUGAAAAUCACAAACGCAUUCAAUAAAGAUGGUGAAUUUAGGAUCAAUUUGGUGGAGUCCACAAACAAUCUUAUGAAGAAUGCAAAACAAGACUCCACGAAGAAGCAGGAUAUAAAAUCCAGCCAUUUGAAAUCUGUAUCGGACUUAUCCAGUAGGGACCAUAUCAAUGAGGACAGAGCUAACAACCAAGAUCUGGACAGUGCUGCUAAAGUGAACUUCCUGAAUGAAUUCUUCAGUCCAAUGGAAUCGGUAGUCCUAGAAGCAGGGGGUUCUGAAGCACUGGAAUUACACUACCUUCCAUUUCACUUAGGGAAGCGUUACUGUACCAUAAUACUGAGCAAUGAGCAGGUUGGCGAAUUUGUAUAUUCUGUUGAAGGAAAAGCUGAGUUGCCCUUACCCUUAUCCUUACUCCCUGUGCAAAGUCCUCAUGUCUUGCGUGUUAGCAGUGCUUCUCCAGGACAUAGCAGGGAGAAGCCAACUUUGUGCUUUAAAUGCUCAAAUCAUUGUGUUUUGGAAGAGGAACUUAAGAUCCCACUUGUGAACGAAGCCAUGGAAAGGGCCCUAGUCACUGUGGCGCAGCAGCGCAUGUCAUCUCUGGAGUUUGAACGCAGGAAGAUCACAGGGACGUUGGAGAGCAGCAGCGUAAGGGCUGCCGUGUCGACACGGGGCAUGUCCAGAAAAGAGGCACAGCCGCUGCAGACUAAACUACAGAAUAAGCCACCAUAUUCUGAAUACACUGUUGAAGUAACCAUGCCAGAGCACUUUGAGAUCCCUAAGACAAUAUCGCUUCCGGUAUCAGUGACGAGUAGGGUGAAUCUCAAAACUGCAUGGCAAGCAAAUGUAACAGAAAAUGACGCAGUUGCUGUGCCCCUGAAGUUUCAUCCUAAAGCUCCAGGACGAUAUCCAUGUCAGAUCAUUCUACAUUCCCCUCGAGAUGUUCGCGUAUACCUCAUUGAAUGUGUGGUAAACUCAGAGGGUACAGAAGCGGAACUGGAGUUUGUAACUCCUGCCCACCAGUCUGUCACUCAGGACAUUCCACUGAACAACCAGACUCUGCAGGACUGGAAACUUCGAGGCAUUGUCAAAGGGAAUGGGUUUUAUGGCCCGCCAGUAAUAUACGUGCGGGCUGGUGAAAGAGUGCAGUACCCUUUAAUGUUUAGACCUGUCUUUGAGUGCAUUACUUUGGGCAAACUUACACUGCAGAAUGAAACAGAUGGCACUGAGCAUAUUUUUGGGCUCAAAGGGGUUGGCAAGAAGCCAUUGGCACUGGAUCACGUUGUGAUAGACUGUCAAGUGAGACAAAUUACCCAGAAGGUCCUAAUGGUUCCCAAUUAUACGCAGACCAGGUUAAUAUGCAAGGUUGUUUCUGACCUACCAGUGGUUAGUGGAGCGCCAACUCUUGAUAUAAAAGCAGGACACACGGCUUCCUACCCAAUAAACAUAUCGUCAUGGAAACGAGGGAAGCAUACAGGUGUAAUUUCAUUUAUUGCUGAAGAUGGAGAGCAACAGCAGACCCAAUGUGACAGCUCAGGGGAGGAGACAGAUGAUAAACAGCCCCUUCGGAGGUUGUCAGACGAGGCAUCCCAUACACUUGCUGAUUCAAAACCGAUCUUCAAAGCCUACAAAGUGUGGUUUUCUUUGGAAAUAAACAGCCUGCCAGAAGCAUCAUUACAAACUUUAACAGUGCAGUGUGCUGUUCAGGACACUGUGGGAGUGGAAAUCCCCAUUACCAAUCCGACCAAUGAAUCCCUGCACUUGGAUGUGUUGCUGAUAGGGCCUGGGCUCAUCGGUGAGAGGAGCUUAGUUCUGAGACCAAAAGAAAAACAUUCAUAUCUGACAAAGUUCUCCCCGACUAUUACUGGCAGGAAAACUGGAUGUGUCAUAUUCCAGUCUGAUGUAGUUGGAGAAUUUUGGUAUGAACUGGAAUUAAUUGCAGAGAAGCCAGUGGCAACUACACUUCCUGAACUCCAGUGUGAACUUGGAAAAUGGACUCGUGAGUUUAUCCCUUUAGUUAAUCCUACUGAUGAAACUCUGAAAUUGGAAACUGUCAACAGUAAUCCAAGCAAUUUCUCUUUGGAGAUAGAACCUAAGAAACCGCUGGUUGUGGCACCACACUCGUCGACCAAGAUACCUGUCCAGUUCUGUCCUUCUGCCCUCGGGAAAGCUAACCACACAACAACCAUUACAUUCACGUGCAGACAGCUGGAAGAAUGGACAUUCCACAUGUCUGGAGUAGGCCUUAUCCCUCUGCCAAUGGAGCCUCUAAGUAUCAGCACUUGUGUUGGCACGCAUUCCUCCAUUAUUGUGCCCUUCAGAAAUCCUACUGAUGACAAUGUGCUGGUGGAUGUGCUGCUAACAGAUCAGGAACAGACCAUGCACCGCCUUAGUACUUCUAUUCUACGACAGUCAAUCAGCAAGGAGUCUGCUUUCCGCCUCCCCCUGAAGCAAACACAAGGAAUUCUUCUGACCCCAAAAGAGAAGAUGGACAUCCCAUUGGUUUUUACACCGGACACUAUGAGGCUGUAUGAAAGUUUGGUUGUUGUUCGCAUUGUAAAGGAAGAUGGAGGAAGCUGGGCUUAUGAUGGGCCAGAACCCGAUAGUAAACCAGGAAGCAUCAGGAGGGCUGGAAACAAUGGAAGUAUCAAAGAAAUUCGAUGGGUGUAUCCUAUUCAUGGAAUCCCAGAGGCAGUCCUUUCUAGGUCAUCACCUGCUGUAAUCAGAUGUCAGGCCCGAAACAGAAUAGAAGAACGAAUUGAGGUGCUGCUAACUGGGUCUGUCCCAGGAUCCUCUGCUUCUCCAGUAGUGACAGCCAAGCCUGAGAGUCUGAUAAAUAAGCAGCAACAUAGAAUACAGACUGAGGUGCACGUCACGGAAGGACUUGCAACUACAGAGGAGUUCCUGUAUGAUAUACAGUUCGAGUCUGAUGAAGACAAAGCUCAGCUGGAGUCCUCCGUGGCUCUUUGUCUCCUGUCUAAAGAGCGGGACACACAUACUGGAAUUGUGACAUUGAUCUUCAAUAUCAUAUUCGCUCCCUAUAAACCACUCAGGUGUUCAGCAUUUCUUGCAGUACGAUGUGCUACAGGAGGAAUAUGGAAAUUUCCAAUACAGCUUGUCUCUACAGAGCCAGAAGUAGAUGAUGUCAUCAAUAUCGAAGCUGUCGGGUUAAAUAAGGUGUCAAUGGUUGGAUUUAGGCUCACAAGUCAAACAAGGUACGUGGAGCCGUUCACUGCUUAUUUCCUUCCCGGCAGUGGCUCGGAAUUUGAAGUAUCGCCUCAAUCAGGAGAGCUGCUUCCCAUCCACAGUGCUGGGACCCUCAUUACUGUUAGCUUUUCCCCAAGCAUGUACAGCAAGAAACACAGAGCAACGUUGGUAAUACAAACUGGUGACAUGCAGUGGAUGUACGAUAUCAAUGGGGUGCAGCCACAGUACAUACCGCCCACCUCUCAGUCUUCAAGAAUUGUUUCUUCAGGGGUAGUGAGAGCGACUGCAGUGCAACAGCGCAACUUCAUCCGUGAAAACCUGCAGCUGACCACCACCUCAGUGUCCUCCCCCAUCAAAGGGUGUCCUCUGGUCCUAAGAACUAAAUAAAAUGGAAUGUAGUGCCUCUGUCUCUGGUUUAAUGCUUUUAGUAUUGUAAGGAUUUCACUUCACAGAGUGUUUGUUAUGCCUUGGGUCUUUUUAAAAGUAUAAUCAUGGGACUACCCUUAGAAAAGUUCACCAUAGUAAAAGCAUAGGAAAGCAUUAUAGAGCAUUGUGAAAGUGUGGUAAAGAAAUGGAGAGAAUUGUAAAGCUCACACCAUGGUAAAUACAUUGUAUAACCAAGCAGAUUUACUGUGGUAAUCUUUUACAAGGGUAUGUUUAACACUAUUUGUUAAUAAUAAUCUGCACAUUCUUAUGACAUGGAAAAUAUUUCCGUCAUCUAAAAACUUUUU